UAUAUCGUCUCUCCUCGCGUGAAGAUUGCUCAGGAGUAACGGAAGCUAAAGUUCGCGCCGUGCCACCUUUCCGACGACUUUAAGUUCAUUUCGAUCGCACAGGAAAGGAAAGGAAGCGGCAACCAAAUCGUCCUAAUUUUUGAACCGAACGUCCCUCACGACUUUAGUGGACGUAAACAUCAUUCGUGCAAUCUUCGUUGUCCGCUCGUUGAAGCUAGGCCGACCUAGCCUAGCUUAGCUUAGCUUAGCUUGCUAGCAAAGAGACGCGUUUGCGAUCGCGGAGAUCACGUGUGAACAUACAAGUCUCGCGUGGGAAUGUUUGCGAGGAGGACAGCAGAGUUCGCGGAGGGAGUUUGCGGAGCAACAGACGAGGAGGAGGAGCCGCCGCGGCGCCAGCGACCGGACGCGGUGUUCAAUCUGCACCCUCGAGUUGUGCCGCACAGAGCAGACGUCCGUGAAAAUCUUCACCCAGAGCGGCAGCGGUCGGUGUCCCCUCACAAGAAAGAGGAGGAGGACAACGGAGGGGUUCGGCGCAUCAAAGAGGAAGAGGAAGAGGAAGCGUUCCGACACAUUAAAGAUGAAGAGCAGGAGGAAAUCAUCAAGGUUCCAUCGACUGGUGUCCCUUUGAAGCGUGAAGAUGGAGGACAAAGUGAGGAGGGACGAGGGGCGGAGCCACCGAGCAGCAGCUCAAGUCAACACAUGACGACGGAAGGUGACGGAGAAGACCACUGCGGAGGAUCACCGGCAGACGGCCUCUUAGCGCCACUAUCGGAUAGUGACGACAUGACGUCGCUCUCUCCUCACGCUGAUGACGGCGAUGAUGAUGACGAUGUUGACGAACAAUGUGGGACGACGUGCCACACUGCCGACAAACGCUGGAAAUGUUCUCAAUGUCGGAAAACCUUUGCUUCGAAGAGCAAUUUCAAACAACACGUGAAAAUACACACAGGGGAGAAAGAUUUCGUCUGCUCGGUUUGUGGUCUAAGAUUCUCUGUGAAGGGAAGCUUAAAAAAACACACAAGAACCCACACCGGUGAGAAACCUUUUGCCUGCUCCGUUUGCGGUCAAAGAUUCUCCGUAAAGGAAAACUUGAAAAAACACACGAGAACACACACCGGCGAGAAACCGUUUGCCUGCUCGGUUUGCGGUCAAAGAUUCUCGGAUAAGAGCAACUUAACAAUCCACACGAGAACCCACACCGGAGAGAAACCUUUCUCCUGCUCAUUUUGCGGUCAAAGAUUCACUCAGAAGGCGCACUUAAAAAUCCACACGCGAACCCACACUGGGGAGAAACCUUUUUCCUGCUCAGUUUGCGGUAAAAAAUUCUCUCGGAAGGGACAUUUGACAACACAUUCAAUGACGCACACUGGAGAAAAACCUUUUUCCUGCUCGCUUUGUGAUCAAAGAUUCACUCAGAAGGGAACCUUAAAAAUCCACACGCGAACCCACACUGGUGAGAAGCCUUUUUCCUGCUCAGCUUGUGGUCUAAAAUUCUCUGACAGGGGAACCUUAACAAUGCACACAAGAACACACACUGGAGAGAAACCCGUUCCCUGCCCGGUUUGUGGGAAAAGGUUCUCUCUUAAGUAUCUGGCAAAGAAUCACAAGUGCGUUGGCGAGAAUCGCAGCGAUCGAUGAAAGU